AUGUCCACAACAUCCAUGAGUGUUUCCAUCGUGGCAACAGAUACUCCAAAAAAUAUAGAAUAUUGGGCGUUUCCUGAAGAAAAACCAGAAGUGAGAUGUAUCAAAGAUAAGCCCUUUCUCCAUGUAUGUGUAAUUAGCCCCUUACGUGCGGGUGAAAAGUGCACUGGUACAGUCAAAGAAUAUGUCAUCGGGACAAAUCCCCUUUCCUGCACGGGUGGCGAGGCGUUUGUUGGAUGGGCAAUGCCAAACAAACCGGAAUCUGUGAAAGUGGUGGCGGGGAACACGAACGCAGUCCAGUACACGGUGCACCGCGUUGGAGAUGACUCACAAACAAUAUGUACAUUUGGAUAUACAGAUGAUCUCAAAUGUCCACUAAAUGACUUAAAGCCGGCCACAAUGUAUAAGUUCAAAGUGAGAGCCUGUAUCAAAGAUGUGAAUCCUGCCGUCUGCAGUGAAGAUGUGACUGUGUCUGGAUACACAAAGCCAAACCAAUCGGAAUCUGUGAAAGUGGUGUCAGAGUCGACGACAUCUGUGGCAGUUACUUUCAAUGCACCAGCAAUGAGUUCGAACAAUCCCCAGUACACGGUGCAGCGAGUUCCAGAGAACGUAGAGCUAACCUGUUCAGUUGUUUCUGGAGCUGAAUGUAGGUGUCCAGUGGAGGAAUUGGAGGCAGGGACAGAGUACGGAUUUAAAGCAAUAGCCUGUAUCAGUGUUACUAGUCCGCCUGUGUGUAGUGAGGAGGUGUCAGCCUCUGGAUAUACCAAACCUAAUGGCUAG